UCUCUCACUCCCUCUUUAAAAUCUCUGCAAAAACUAACAAUAACUCUUCAAAACAAGCCCUAACCAACUCAAAUUUAGCUGGCAUUGAUUGGAGUGAAACCCAGAAGAGAUCCACAGACUGUGUUGAUUGUUUUCAUUUUCCACUGCACCAGUCAAGAAUGCACAUCAGGUUUUGUUUUUUCAGUUGGGCUACGGAAGAAUGCAAAUUGGUCAGAAAAAAUAAUUAACGGCUGCACUGAAUCAGGUUGCUGAUGGAUUUUGGUUGGUGGAGCAGAGUCUGUAUUCCUUCUUGUUUCUUCAACUUGUAAUUACUGAAGUAGCCUUGAAAUUUGAUCGCAAAAAUGGGAAUUGAGAGAGAAGGUUCAAAAAGUGGAGGAGGUUAUGUAGGUGGUUUCUUUCAGUUAUUUGACUGGAAAGCAAAAUCUCGGAAGAAGCUAUUCUCAAGCAAGUCAGAUUUUCCAGAACGUUCAAAACAGGGAAAGAGAAGUGAUGGGACCUUGCCAAUGACCCGGCUUCAUCUGACAGAUGAGGAUGAAACUGGAGCAGGAGCAAGUUUCAAAGGAAGCAGUGAUUAUAGUUGUGCUUCAUCUGUAACAGAUGAUGACGGAUAUGGAGCUAAAGCCCCUGGGGUAGUAGCCAGGCUUAUGGGAUUAGAUUCCCUGCCCACGUCUUCCGAGCCCUAUUCUACCCCAUUUUUUGAUACCCAAUCUCUUCGAGAUGCUCAUUACUGCAGGAAAAACCCUGAAUAUCAUCUUGACCGCCAAAUCAUGCAUUCUGGGCAUCUGCUCCAUAAGGUGGAAAGCGAUGCAAGGGACUUUGUGGAGUCAAAGCCUCAGAGAAUGAUGAGCAGGCCAAUAGAGAAGUUCCAAACUGAAAUUUUACCUCCAAAAUCAGCUAAAUCUAUCCCAAUUACCCACCAUAAACUUUUGUCACCCAUCAAGAGUCAUGGCUUCAUUCCAACUAAGAAUGCUGCUCACAUAAUGGAAGCUGCUUCAAAAAUUAUUGAGCCUGGACCCCAAGCUAAUACCAGGGCGAGAAUGUCUGUACUUGGGUCUUCUUCUGUACCCUUGAAAGUUCGGGAUCUCAGAGAAAAAGCGGAGGCUGCACAGAAAAUGCAGCUGGUUGGCUCUUCUUCAGUACCCUUGAAAGUCAGAGAUCUAAAAGAGAAAGUAGAAGCUGCCCAUAAAACAACUAGGCUUGCUGAAGCUUCUCGUAGGCCUGUUGAAAGUAAUGCUGCCAAGUGUCUCAAGGGUCAGUCAUUAAACAAGAGCUGGAAUGGAUCAAUAGAUACAGCAUCUUUUAGGGAAUCUGAUGUGGAAGAGGUUACUUCUGGUGUGAAGAACAAGGGAAAAUCCAUUUCGCUUGCAAUCCAAGCAAAAGUGAAUGUCCAGAGAAGAGAAGGUUUAAAUUCAAGCAGUAGUCGAAAUUUGGUAUCACAGAAAGAGCAGAGCGAGGUUAAGUCAAGCCAGCCAUUCAAGAGUCAAGCAAACAUUCAAAAGAAUUUGCAUAAGCGAACUUCUACUCACAAUAGUACUUCUGGAGUGCUCAGGCAAAAUAACCAAAAACAAAAUUGUUUGAUUGACAGGGACAGGUCAUCCUCAAAGCCAUUGGCUUCCGGCUCACAAAGUAGAAAAUUGCCACCUGGGGAUCCUUCUACUGUACGACACAAAACCUUGAGUCGAACUGCAGGGAACUCAAAAACUGGAUCCAGGAAGUUGGACUCUGAUUUAUCAGAUAGUGAAAAGGGAAUUUCAUACUCCAAUGCUAAGAAUGUUCCUAGGAAGAAACGAUCAAUUGAAAGGGACUCUCGUUAUGAGAAAAAUCAGGUUAUUGAUAAUAUGUUAAUUGACAAAAGUCAGAAGGCAGUUAAGUCUAAUCCAGUUAUUGAUAGGCACUUCUCUUUGACAGAGGACGGCAAAAAGAAAUGCAUUGAUAUAGGACACUCCUCAUCAGGCAUGGAUGUUGUUUCAUUUACAUUCACAGCCCCACUUACUAGAUCAAUGCCUGGCUCUGAAACAUCAUGUCAAGUUGGUCAAAAAAAUGUUAGUGUUUGCACUGAGAACCGGGGGGGUAAGAGAUUAUUGCUGGACACAGACAGUGUGAACUUAUCUUCACUGGGUUAUAAUGUUAUCGGGGGAGAUGCUUUGAGUAUGCUUCUGGAACAGAAGUUAAGAGAACUAAGUUACCGAGCUGAGUUUUCCCGCCAUGAUUCUUUCAAAGCAGGAUCAUCAUCGUGUUCUGCGUCAACCUUUCCAGAUCUCGUACCCGCUACUAAUUCAAUUGGCACUGCAUCAAAGUUACAAGGUAAGGGAUACCAACACGUGCUGCUUAGAGAUACGCGAGGUAGCCAGUAUGAACCUGAUUUUUGUUCCAGUGACCCUCUGGCAUUAAGACCCAAAAAAUUUCAGGGCAUCGAUGAGAUGGAUGAGUGCAGCAACCAUAUUGAUGGAAAACAGUUGCUUGAUUGUCGACAUCCAAGUCCUGUUUCUAUUCUCGAACCUUCUUUUUCUGCUGAAAGUUGCAACUCUUCGGAUACGGCAGAUAGUACUAUUACAGAGGGAGGUAAGCAGAGUUCAUCUAUCCAAGCUCAGGAGGCUUUUGGUAUGUGUUCUUUGAAGAAGUUCUACCCAUUAGAAGCUGAUAUAGAGUUGUCAGAUUCGGCUUCUUCCACAUCAACUGGAACUAUGGCUAAAAUGAGUGCAGAUACAACAAUUGUGACACAUCUGUUGGGAUCAGCCAAGUGGGAAUUGGAAUAUGUGAAGCAGAUUUUGAGUAACGUAGAAUUGAUGUUUAAGGACUUUGCACUAGGUCGGGCUCGUGACAUCAUCAAUCCUUAUCUCUUUGAUCUGUUGGAAACUCGAAAAGUAGGACUGCAAAGUAACAGUGAUGAGUCUAGGCUAAGUCGGAAGGUAUUAUUCGACUGUGUAAGUGAAUGCAUGGACUUAAGAUGCAGGCGGUAUGUAGGUGGGGGAUGCAAAACAUGGAUAAAAGGGGUUGCAAUGGUGAGACGAAAGGAUUGGUUAGCUGAAGAAUUGCACAAGGAGAUCUCCGGAUGGAGGGCCAUGGGAGAUUGUAUGGUGGAUGAACUUGUAGAAAACGAUAUGAGCAAUCAAUAUGGCAGAUGGCUGGACUUUGAAGUUGAUGCAUUUGUACUUGGAGUAGAAGUUGAGGAUCAAAUAUUCAGUUCUUUGGUUGACGAAGUGGUUGCUGAUAUCUUCCAAAUUUAAUGCCACAGGUUGAUGAUAGUUUAUCGCUUGCAAAAUGUAUGUUGUCUUGUUCUCCUUAUAUAUUACCUAUGUUUUUAGGAUUCUUAGAGUUAUUCAUCAAAUUUCUGCUUCAAUUUCAAGGCAUUAUGAAUGAGCAAGUUGCAAUUUGCAAUAAUAGAGCGUGCAAAAGGCCAGUUUCUGAGAAAAUAUACCAUUUUCUCUUGUUGUAUGCAUAUAAAUAGCAAGUGUGUGAUACUGAGUUUUGUGUUUUAUACUUGAUUGAGGCUAUCAAACAAAAUGUUUUGAUUCUUCGUUUAAACGAAGACCGAUUUGAUUUUUAGCAAGGUAUUCAUUCAUUCUUGAACUUCUUCUUUGAUUUAGCAAUUGUAAUGAGCAAAACAAACUCAAACUUAGAAUAUAAUCCAGUGUUU